AACACGCGUUAAGUUUGCAGACCGAAGCAACAACUGAGGAAGCUCCUCCUUUGCAGCACAUCUGGAACAGUGGAAGAGCGGAGAGGCAUAUAAAAACAACUCUGUCUGGGUCUUUUUGCAUCUGGACUAACCAGGACAACAUCUUACACCUGAGUUGGUGAGAAAAAAACUGCAAGUGCAACUGCUCCACCUGACUUUUCACUGCUGGUUUCCUGAACGCACCCCAGAGCUGCAUUUAAAGCCUCUCCGAACACGGGGUCAAACUUCAACCUGUUCAUCAUCACAGAUUGACAGCAGAUACAAACUGCAGCCGAAGCAUGACGGGGGAGGAAAAAGAAAAAAAAACAGCUCAGCCACAAAGAUGCCACUAGGGGGAGGAAACAAGUGCGGCCAAUGUCAAAAGGCAGUUUACUUCGCAGAAGAGGUACUCUGUGACGGGCGGAGUUUCCACAAGUCCUGCUUCCUGUGCAUGGUUUGCAGGAAGAACUUGGACAGCACAACUGUUGCCGUUCAUAAUGAUGAAGUUUACUGCAAAGCAUGCUACAACAAGAAGUAUGGACCAAAAGGCUACGGUUACGGCCAGGGAGCGGGAACCCUCAGCAUGGACAAGGGAGAGUCUCUGGGUAUUACACAUGAAGAACCUGCUCCUCAUCAUUCUACCAGCAACCCAAACCCAUCCAGACUGGCUCAGAAAUUUGGAGGUUCAGACAAGUGUCCUCGCUGUGGCAAGGCUGUCUACGCAGCUGAGAAAGUGAUCGGAGCUGGGAGUGCAUGGCAUAAGAUUGGAUGUUUCACCUGUGUCACAUGUGGGAAGAGCCUUGAGUCAACCACACUGGCUGACAAGGAUGGAGAAAUAUACUGCAAAGCCUGUUACGGCAAAAACUUUGGACCCAAAGGGUUUGGGUACGGAAUUGGAGCCGGGGCGUUGGCGCAUACUCAGUAGACGCCAUCGUGCUCUUCAGUGUUUUCUCGAAUGCUGCACUACUAUGUUCAUCCUGCAGAGGGCAGACUGCGACAAUAAACAUGCACCUUAUAGACACAUGCUCAAUGAAAAGCUGCAUCACAAAAAACUAACACCAUCUUAGUCUCAGACUUAUAGCUAGUUCUGCCACAUACAUACAUAACCAACACUCAAUACUGAAAUAUUACCUAUCUGUUUCAACAAAGCCGCAUUGAUUUGCACUCUGCCGUACAUUUAUUUCCCUCUUCUUAUUGUGAGGCUGUCAAAUGAAAUGUCAGCAAUAGUCUGUGUAAUAGAGUUAUAUGUGCUUGCUUAUAUGUUAUGCUUAACAGGAUGAUAAUAAAUAAACUGGGAGCAUAUUAA